AUGGGCAGCUGUAUGAGAAAAAUCAGGACCCCCAGCCUGAGUGAGAACGCAUUGGUUGAUUUGAUCGAGGAUACAAAACUCAAUCACAAUGUUCUCCAGGGUUGGUACAAAGAGUUCAUAACUCUCUUCCCUGAGGGAGUCGCUCGUGAGGAGGCAUUCGUUGAUAUUGGAUGCAAGAUUCUUCUCGGAGGCGAUCAUUCCCAACCUGAAGAUCUUAUGAAAAUCAUCUUCAACUUCCUCGCCGAGACCGAUGAGCGGGUGGUCACGUUUAGGAGACUCGCCGGGUUCUUAUCGAUCUCUAUUGUCGGGACCAUUGAAGAGAAGAUCAAAAUGGCGUUCCAGCUACUCUCCAACAGACAAGACCAUUUCGACUACAAGUCUUUUGCUGCCGUGUUGGAUGCUGUGCGGAAGAUGCGCGGUGAGAUUUCCAUGCCAUGCUCUUUGCAGGACGCCUUCAUCGCCCUCUCCGAUCGCAAAGCCACCGUAGAUCUACACAGAUUCAGAGAUGUGAUGAAGAGGAAUCCUCAGAAGAUUCGAGAAGUUGCCUCUAAUUACGAUGCGAUGAGAGCGGCACCCAUCCGGGUAUACCAGUGA